AUGAUCGGGUCACUCGUUGAGAUCUCCAGAAGACGACCUGGAGAAGAAGACUCGAAAAAGGAAACUCGUAGAAUAGGACUUGAAAAAACCCUGCAAAAGAAGACUUGCAGAAAUAGUAAUUCAAAUGACAACCUCCAGAAUAAUAACCCCAGAAAAAUACCUGAAGAAGAAGACCUCCCUGAGACGUCCUCCUCCAGAAUACCUCAUCUAGAAGACCUCCUCAGACCCCGUAAGACCUCCAUAAGAAGACUUCCUCCGUAUGACCUCCCUGAGACGUCCUCUUCCAGAAGACCCCUUCCUGAGACCCCCUCCUCCAGAAGACCUCCAGAAGACCUCCCUGAGAAGUCCUCCUCCAGAAGACCCCCAGAAGACCUCACUGAGAAGUCCUCCUCCAGAAGACCUCCAGAAGACCUCCCUGAGAAGUCCUCCUCCAGAAGACCCCCAGAAGACCUCACUGAGAAGUCCUCCUCCAGAAGACGCACAUGA